AUGUCUCUAUACGCUAACAACGAAUACAUCAUCUCGACGAACAACUCGAUCAACGAGAACAAAUACAACAGUGAGAAGAUGAAGAACAGCGGCUUCAAGGCGCUAUUGAAGCCACUGUUGAAGAUCAUUAAGAAGUCGACGAAGCGAUCUCCCGCCAAAACGAUCGACACGUGCAUCGAAGACGAGCAGAACUCGCGCAACGAGGCGCUCGAACGCAAGAUCUACAGUGACAUGGAGGCCUGCCAAUCGGCCGCAUUCCUCGUCUGCAACAAGGACGAAUCCUACGAUCUUGUGCCAGUUUCCCGCGAAGAUUUCUACAUCCCAGUCCACUUCGCCCGCACAGACGCCGGCACCUUCUUCUGGACCACCGUCUCCAAGUCCGAAUCUGACUUCGCGGCCGCCCACUGCUACACCGAGUGCCAAACCGCCGAACAACAGUACCCAGUCUACCAAGAUCGCUGGGUGCAAGCUUAA